AUGGAAAUAUCUUCCUGCUUACAAGGUGGAUAUCACAAGCCACUAUCCAGACAAUGGCAAAAUCAAGGGAAAUCACUCCAAAAAUCUAUGUUUAUGUACCCAAUAUUCAUCACAGAUGAUCCAGAUGCAUCGGUUGAGAUCAAAUCCCUCCCAAAUCAACGUAGAUGGGGUAUAAAUAGAUUACAAGAGUUCUUAGCUCCAUUGGUAGAAAAAGGCUUAAAGAGUGUUAUACUAUUCGGCGUGCCGCUCAACAUGAAGAAGGAUUAUAGGGGUAGCGCAGCAGACGAUAUCAACACACCUGUCAUCCUCGCUAUCAAGAAGUUGAAACAACUUUUCCCUGAAUUGUACAUCGCCUGCGAUGUAUGCUUAUGCGAGUAUACUGAUCAUGGUCAUUGUGGGCUACUCAGAGAAGACGGUUCAAUCUACUCUCAUGAAUCGGCCCAACGUGUUGGUGAGGUCGCCCUUGCUUACGCCCAAGCGGGAGCUGAUUGCGUUGCACCAAGUGACAUGAUGGAUGGUCGUAUCCUGCAAAUGAAACGUAAGUUAAUUGACAAUGGCUUCGGUAAUAGAGUCUUGGUUAUGGCAUAUUCAGCUAAAUUCUCAACCAAUCUCUAUGGCCCAUUUAGGGAAGCUGCAGGAUCAGCACCUUCAUUUGGUGACAGAAAGUGCUACCAAUUACCGCCAAAUGCUCGUGGUCUUGCUAGACGGGCUGUCCAACGCGACCUUAAUGAAGGCGCUGACAUUGUCAUGGUCAAACCAUCAUUGCCAUACCUCGACGUCAUCUCAGAUACCGCACAAAUCGCUUCUGAUUAUCCAGUAGCCUGUUACGUUGUCUCUGGUGAAUUUGCCAUGUUGCACGCAGGUGCCAAAGCUGGUAUAUACGACCUGAAGUCUAUUGCCUUUGAAACGCAUGAGAGCUUCUUACGCGCAGGUGCAAACAUAUUCUUAAGCUAUUUUACACCAGAGUUCCUCGACUGGUUGUAA